AAAUUUGAUUUGUUUUGGUUUUUGGAAUUUUUCGUAUUAACCAAAUCAACAGAAAAACCAGCAAUUCCGUUUUUUCGAAUAAUUUAACUUAAUUUAAUUUAACUAAAGUACAAAAUAGUUUUUAAAGAUGAUCUCAACCAGCGAAUAUAAAGAUGAUACCUUUGAAAUAUUGGAGGAAUCAACUCUGAAACUCUCCGAUUUAUUGAACUACCUCGAAACUUGCCCACUUACAAAUAUAUACAAACUUGAUAUUACAAGUUUUUCUUCGCAAGAGCUCUCCUCGAACAAAAUAAUUCAUAUUUGUAAAAGUCUUGAAAAAUUGCUUAACGAGGACUUGACCUAUGAUCAAUUGACGGCACUUUUCGUUGCAAGUAGCAUUACAUAUUUAUUGUCCAGGAGCUUCCAAGACUUUGAAAGUCGAACUGAGUUGCUGCAUAAAACUUUUCGUUAUUCAAACACAUUAGAUCCACUUCAUUUACAUGUUGCAGCAAAAUUGUUACACGCAAACGUGCGCUCCAAAUCAAAUCUUCUGUUCCUUUCCAAGAACAUUUGCUUCACCAGUGACACAGGCAAUGCUAUAGCGAUGUGUCUGGUAUGGGCAAUGUUCUUUGAAACGCUAGGCCAGAAAAUCGAUAUGUACUGCUUCCAUCCGUUUUCCACAAUCGAAGAACUAGUUACUGAUGUUGACGUCAGCCAAAUGCUCAACCAAAAAGAAACAACAGCCAAGGCUGAUUUCCUUUUUCAGUUGAUGUCGAUUCUUAUAAGUUGCAUACUUUUUCGGUCGAACGAGGAACUUAAAAAAGCCGGAUACGCUGAUUACUUUAAGUACGAAAUAGCUGAUAUUUUUGCUCUUAGAGAUUGGGCCCAAAAAGUCAAUCAAAAUAUAUUUCUAUCUUUUAAAUCAACAAAUACCAAUUAUGAACUCAUCAUGGCGAUUAAAGAAACUGUAACAUACAAUGUUAUAGCGGAACUAGAUGAUAAACUAAAAUCUAUUGAUGGUGAUCAUAGGGUUAUUGCACAAAUCUAAUUUUUUGAAUGUAACUUUUUAACUCACACAAAAUAUUUUCAAAUAAAUUGCUAUUUUACUGUUAGA